AUGGCCACCACCCCCGCCGAGGAACAGGCGCCUGGGCUGCCUACCACCACCCACUCCGAGGAGCCGGCGCCUGGGCUGCCUCUGCCUCCUCCCAAAGGGCUCGCCGGGGACCAGCAGCAGCCGCGGCGGCGGCGCCCGUGCGUGCUCCUCAGCUUCGCAGCCGCGCGUGACUGCUUACUCCGGGGCCGGUUCCUCUCCGCAGGCCUGCGCCCCUUCUCCGUCCGCCUCCCUUCGCCGGCCGGCACCAGCACCGUCGUCCACCUCUGGGCGCCCCCGCGGCCCGCGCGGCGACCCGUGCUCCUCCUCCACGGCUUCGGCGCCUCGGCGACGUGGCAGUGGGCCCCGUACCUCCGCAGCCUCCUUGCGGCCGGCCUCGACCCCAUCGUCCCGGACCUCCUCUUCUUCGGCGCCUCCUCGUCCACGGUCCCCGACCGGUCCGACACCUUCCAGGCCAGGACCGUGAAGGCCGCCAUGGACGGCAUGGGCGUGCGCCGGUUCGCCGUGGUCGGCGUCAGCUACGGCGGCUUCGUCGGGUACCGGAUGGCCGCCAUGUACCCGGAGGCCGUGGAACGGGUGGUCCUGGUGUCGUCGGGGGUGUGUCUGGAGGAGGGGGACCUCGCUGCGGGCCUGUUCCCCGUCGCCGACGUCGGGGAGGCGGCCGAGCUGCUCGUGCCCCGGCGGCCGGCGGAGGUGCGCCGGCUCGUCAAGCUGACCUUCGUCCGGCCACCGCCCAUCAUGCCCUCCUGCUUCCUCAAGGAUUACAUCAAUGUGAUGGGCUCAGAUCAUCUUGAGGAGAAGACCGAGCUUCUACAUGCUCUCAUCAACGAUAGGAAACUAUCAGAUCUUCCAAAGAUAAAUCAGCCAACGUUGAUCAUUUGGGGGGAGCAGGAUCAGGUUUUUCCUAUGGAGCUGGCGCAUAGGUUGGAGAGGCAUCUUGGGGAGAAUUCUAGAUUAGUAGUCGUAAAAAACGCUGGGCAUGCGGCCAAUCUAGAGAAGUCCAAAGAGGUGUGCAAGAGCAUCAUUGAUUUUUUUCAGGAACCGGCUCCAAGUGCUUCAAUCGGGGGAAAGGAGGUCAAGCUACAAUGA